AGCAGCAGCCCUAGCAGCAGCAGCGCAGUUUCCCCUCUCCCCAGCCCUGACUCUACGCGCACAUGCGCACUGCGCCCACAGCCCUGGACCAUUUGUCAGGACUACUCGUGAGACGGAGAAAAAAAAAGAGAAAAUUUGGGGUGAUACCACUCAUAAGCUACCCACAUCCUUCAAAGAUUUACUGAAGACAUUUAUAUUACGUUGACCUUGACCAUAUAUAUAUAUUCUUGAAAGAAGAAGAAAGAAUACUGAGGAAGUCAGUCAAUCCUAACAGCAGAACUGAAAUCAGCGCACAGUGUAUGCAUCAUGAAUGAGCCUGCUUCUAGUACAAGUGGCCAAGAGUUUGAUGUAUUCAGUGUCAUGGACUGGAAAGAUGGAGUAGGUACUCUUCCAGGAAGUGAUUUAAAGUUUCGGGUAAAUGAAUUUGGAGCCUUGGAGGUAAUUACAGAUGAGACUGAGAUAGAAAGUGUUAAAAAGGCUACAGCUACCACAACCUGGAUGGUGCCUACUGCACAAGAAGUUUUUUCAGAGAAGACAGGGGUACCUUUCCGGUUGAAGGAAACAAUGAAAGUAGAAGGACUUCAAUUCUGUGAAAACUGUUAUCAGUAUGGCACUGUAGAUGAGUUUCUUUCUGGAGGAAAAUUUUGCAGUCAGAAAUGUGCCCGUCAGAAUAAAGACAACAGAGAACAGAAGGAAGAAAAAGAUGUAGGUGAAGACAAUGAAGAAGAUGACUCUAAGUGUAGUCGGAAGAGGAAAGCAAAAUUACCUCUCAGAGCAGAGCCUAAGGAAGAUGGAGAAGAAAGAGAAGAUGAAAAUAGAUACAGUUUUUCCUCUGAAGACUGCUUUAGCCGCAUUCCAGAAAUUUUGGAAAACAAGCAUGAUGGCAGAAUCCUGAGGGGCUCUCAGAGAGCCCGAAGAAAAAGACGAAAUGAUUCCGCUGUUUUAAAACAGAAUUUACCUCCUAAAGGAAAGAAAGCAUGGUGUUGGGCUUCCUAUUUGGAGGAAGAAAAAGCUAUUGCAGUGCCAACUAAACUUUUUAAAGAGUACCAGUCCUUUCCCUAUAACAAAAAUGGAUUCAAAGUUGGAAUGAAGUUAGAAGGUGUGGACCCUGAGCAUCAGUCAAUGUACUGUGUUCUCACUGUUGCAGAGGUUUGUGGCUAUAGGAUAAGGCUUCACUUUGAUGGCUAUCCUGAUUGUUAUGACUUCUGGGUAAAUGCUGAUGCAUUAGACAUUCAUCCAGUUGGAUGGUGUGAAAAAACUGGGCACAAGCUUCAUCCACCAAAAGGGUAUAAAGAAGAGGAUUUCAAUUGGCAGACAUAUCUUAAGACAUGCAAAGCACAAGCUGCUCCAAAGUCCUUAUUUGAAAAUCAAAAUACUACAGUGAUCCCAUCGGGUUUUCGUGUGGGAAUGAAACUUGAAGCUGUGGACAAAAAGAAUCCUGCAUUCAUCUGUGUUGCUACAGUAACAGAUAUGGUGGACAAUCGGUUUCUGGUUCAUUUUGACAACUGGGAUGAGAGCUAUGACUAUUGGUGUGAAGCAGCAAGUCCACACAUUCAUCCAGUGGGUUGGUGUAAAGAACAUAGAAGGACCCUUAUUACUCCACCAGAUUACCCAAAUGUGAAACAUUUUUCCUGGGACAAAUACUUGGAAGAAACUAAUUCUUUACCUGCUCCUGCAAGGGCUUUUAAAGUGAAACCAGCACAUGGAUUCCAGAAAAAAAUGAAAUUUGAGAUUGUAGAUAAAAGAAAUCCUGUGUUUAUUAGAGUAGCAACUGUUGCAGAUACUGAUGAGCACAGAAUAAAAGUGCACUUUGAUGGUUGGAGUAAUAGCUAUGAUUACUGGAUUGAAGCAGAUUCUCCUGACAUCCAUCCAGUUGGCUGGUGUGCAAAAACAGGACAUCCUCUUCAGCCUCCUCUUAGUCCUCUGGAAUUGGUGGAAGCUUCUGAGCAAGGAGGCUGCCCAACUGCAGGAUGCAAAGGAAUUGGCCACAUAAAAAGAGCUAGACAUCCAGGCUACCAUAGUGCUAUCAAUUGUCCUUAUUCAGAAAUCAAUUUAAACAAAGACCGUAUCCUCCCAGAUCGUUUAAGUGGUGAGAUGUCUCCAGCUAGCCCAUCAUUAACAAGGAAUAAAAAGAUGGAAAUAAAUGAAUGCUCUUCUUCUCCAGAGAUCAAAAAAUGUCCUAGUCCUGAGCACAUUGACUCCAAAUCAUUGAUUCAGAAUCGAUCAUCUGGAAAAUCUGUGCCAGAGAGAAACAUACAGGAGGAUAUGGAAGGUAAACCUCCUUACAAGAAACCGCUGUUGUGUGAUGAUAACGAAAAGAAGUCAUCUAGAGAACAACAAAUUGAAGAUAAGCCUAUCAAAGAAGAAUGUGAAGAAGGGAUAAAAAGUGAAAUGAGAACUCCAAAUCAAACCAAAGGUAUAGGAGCAGAGCCAAGUUCACAGCAGGCUCAGCGCCGGUCAGCCGUCUUCCUCUCCUUUAAGUCGCCAAUUCCAUGUCUGCCCCUGCGUUGGGAACAGCAAAGCAAACUUCUUCCAACUGUGGCUGGAAUUCCUGCCAGCAAAGUUUCCAAGUGGAGCACAGAUGAGGUGUCAGAGUUCAUACAGAGUUUACCUGGAUGUGAAGAACAUGGCAAGGUGUUUAAGGAUGAGCAAAUUGAUGGAGAAGCAUUUCUGCUUAUGACUCAAACAGACAUUGUUAAAAUUAUGAGCAUUAAACUGGGACCAGCUUUAAAAAUCUUCAACUCCAUCCUGAUGUUCAAAGCUGCAGAGAAGAACUCACAUAAUGAACUUUGAGGACAGCAAAAGCCACAUUUCAUCCCUUUUCUGCUUUAAAGCUCAUGUCUUAUUCAAAGCACAAAGACUGUUGUAGCUGUUAAGUGAGAAUUCUUCAAAAGUCAAAACAGUGCUGCCAGAUUAUUUAUAUUCAUUGAGAGACAAUUUACAUGAAUUAUUAUGGAAGUGCUUGGAUUUUUAUUAAGGUACUGUAACAGUUAUCAUCUUUUAGUUCUAUUCAUUGAGCUAAAUUUACCUUUGUAAACCUUUUUGAGGCUUCAGAAAGAAAAAAAAAAAACCAACACCAUUGUUGAUUAUUUAUGCUAUAGUAAGAUGGGGGGAGGGGGAAUUAUGAACUUUCUGCAUUUUGUAAACAUCGUUGAAUUAUCUUUCACAUACACUGUUUCUUUUUUCAAUAUUUGCAGAAACCUUUUUAUACAAUCAAAAUAAAAUGAACUUUAAACUCAGUUAGCCAAAAUCUGGCUACCAGUUUAGCCAGUUGGGACUGUUAUAACUAUUGUUAAUUUUGUGCCAUAUUUUGAAUUGCAACAUUAUGCUGAGUAUAACUUUGCAAGUCAUGAAAUUGCCUACUUGCUUGUAAUAAUUCAUUGGGGCUGAACAGUUGUAAAAAUUAAUUUUUUAAGUAAAUCAGUGUUUUUACUUUUGCACGACUUAUGAAAUGUUAAGCAAAUUGCUUUUUCACCAGCGUCUUUACUGUAUUUACCAAAAGACCAGUAUAUAAAAGACUGAAAUUGAAAAAAAAAAUAAUAAAACUUUA